UACAGAACAACCAAAUGUGGAACAUGGAAGGGAUGCUGACAGUACUGAAGACGAAGAUGAUGACUACAUUCCAGAAAGUGAUUAUAGCAGUAGCGAAGACGACAUGACAAAUACAAGAAAGUUACAUACAUGUAUUGAGAACUUGGAGGGAAAAGUAACAGCAAAUGGGGAACAAACUGGUCCAGUGAAGGAAAAUGAUAAUACUGACCUUCUGGAGAAGACACCAGAUCUAGAAACAGCGUCAAACAAGGAUACAUCAAGUAUAUGUACAGAACAACCAAAUGUUGAACAUGGAAGGGAUGCUGACAGUACUGAAGACGAAGAUGAUGACUACGUUCCAGAAAGUGAUUAUAGUAGUAGCGAAGACGACAUGACAAAUACAAGAAAGUUACAUACAUGUAUUGAGAACUUGGAGAGAAAAGUAACAGCAAAUGGGGAACGAACUGGUCCAGUGAAGGAAAAUGAUAAUACUGACCUUCUGGAGAAGACACCAGAUCUAGAAACAGCGUCAAGCGAGGAUACAUCAAGUAUAUCGACAGUCUAUCCAUCAACCACCACUCCCCAAGUUAUCAUUCAAGAACGCUUCAGUAAAUGCCAAGUUAAACAGCAGAAGUACUUUUCAUGUUUAUAUUGUGAAACAUUAGUGACCAAGUUACCUCGUCAUCUGGAAAGAAGGCAUCCAUUUGAGGACAAGGUAAAGGAAGCUUUGCAACUACCAAAGGGUUCUAAUGAACGGAGACUUGCGUGGCUGGCAAUUCAACAGGAAGGCAAUUAUAAUCACAAUUAUAAUGUUCUGUCAAAAGGAAGUGGUCUGCUCAUUCCGAAGUAUCGUGCCAGAGAACACCAACAUAAAUCAGUUGAGGACUAUGUACCUUGUGACAUCUGUUUCGGACUAUAUGUAAAAAAAGAUCUUUGGAAACAUCACAUGAAAUGUAGAAUAUCCAGAAUGGAUACAGGCACUAGUACUUCAACUUCAAAGAAACAGAAACCUGUUGCAAAUGGCAAACUAUUGUUGCCAAAGAAAGCGGAGACAGAUGUGAAUGAUAACAUUUUGUUAAAAAUGAGAAAUGAUGAAGUAAAGUCUGUAAUUCUGAAAGAUACUACACUACUUAACUUUGCAUGUAGGAUGUAUGAACAAAAUGGACAUCUGCAACACCCUCACCAGUAUUUAGCACAGAGGCUAAGAGAGUUAGGUAGGAUGUUAUUGGCUAUACAAGAGAAAAGUCCAUCUGUUGACACUAUUGAGAAGUGUUUGGAUCCUUCAAACUGGGAGGAAGUUAUUGUUGCUGUAAGAUCUGUAGCUGGCUUUAACUCCAAAACAAACCAAUACACAAUACCUACCCUUCCAUUACGAGUGGGACAGAGUCUGGUAAAAUGUGCAAAACUCUUGAAAACCAAAAGCAUUGUGAUCAGCAAUGAAGAAUUGCGCAAGAAAAUGGAAGG